AUGUCUAGUGUUGGAUCUUUGGCCACCUUGGCCCUCUGCUUUGGCAGCACCUUUGUGGCUGGCCAUAUGAUCAUGCAGAACCCCGUCCCAUUCGGCAAGGAGACUCUCAAUAAUAGUCCACUUGUCGAUACGGCCAUCGGCUCCUCGCAAUCAGACUUUCCCUGCAAGCAGCGCGCCGGCGUCUACAAGAUCGACACCAUCAACAAGUACCAGGUUGAGUCUCCGAUCGAGUUGAAUUUUACAGGCUCAGCCUCUCAUGGCGGCGGAACCUGCCAAAUUUCGAUCACACGCGACCUCGAGCCCACCGCCAAGAGCGACUUCCGCGUCAUCCAGACGUUCUCUGGUGGUUGUCCUACUGCCCAAGAUGGCAACUCUGGAUCCACCGACUUCUCCUUCAAGAUUCCCAAAGGCUUCCCCAAUGGCCGAGCCACUCUGGCCUGGACGUGGUACAACAAGAUUGGAAAUCGUGAGAUUUACAUGAACUGCGCUCCUUUGGACAUCUCGGGUGGAUCUUCGGAUACCACUGUCUUUGACAGCCUCCCACAUCAAUACAUUAUCAACCUGCCAACCACGGGCUCGGACUACUGCAAGUCAGCCGACUCCGCAGAUGUUUUGAUUCCAGACCCCGGUCAGUACAACACAAAGGCUCCCACGGCAAAGCUCGAGGCUCCCACUGGCCCAGGCUGCGCAGCUGCAGCGAAGGCCAUCACCAACGGCGUCUCCAGUGGAAGCGGUUCUUCUGGCUCUUCUGGCUCUGGCUCUGCUGGCUCUUCUGCCCCAUCAGCAGGUGGUUCUAGCAACCAGUCCGCAGCCCCAUCUUCGGGUGAUAGCCAGGCCCCAGCUUCAUCAAGUGCCAGCCAACCUUCAGCAUCAUCCGACUCUGCUGCAUCUCAAUCUGGGUUUGCAACAGUGACCACUGUCGGUUCUGGUGCUGCUGCUUCCGAGUCCGCAGCAUCAACGCCGGCUGAGUCUAGCUCAUACCCGACCAUGUCUGUCCCCUCUGACGCUGGUGUCUCUGGCCCUGCCUCGACAGGCUUCGCUGCAGCACCAACUGGUACAGGCUCCUCAAGCUCAGGCUCUGGUUCCAGCGGCGGGAGUGACGGCAGCCUCGUCUGUAACGGCACUGACCAAUUCGGCCUCAUGAACAACGGCAAGGUCGUCUGGCAACCUGUGGCUGCAGGCACCAAGUGUGUCAAUGGCCAGAUCCAGAAGCGCUCUGACUCUCGCCAUGCUCAUGUCCGUCGCCACGCUGCGAAGGACUUCUAG